UAAAGAGCAAUACAAAGUCAUGAUAGGUUCAUUGCAAGUUGUCUUUCAACAAUUUACAGAUUGUUUUCAUGUUUGUUAACAUUUAUUCAAAUUGAUGGACAAUUUUAAAGAAAUUUAAAAUUUUUGAUAAACCCAAAAGUGAACCCAUUUUUAGUGUUUUUACCAGGAUUUACAUUGAAAUGGUUCGUUUCAGUUCUCAUUUUAUCCAACGUCUUACUUUGCAUUGAUCUUUUACUGUUCAAGUUAAUAGUGAUUUUAAUGGAUUGAUUACAAUUUAGCAUUUGUUGCCAAUUUUCGAUCAACAUUUUGUAUGUUUAGUGUAAAUCGAAAUGGUAGUCAACCAACCCAAUAAUAAUCCAAAGGAAAGUUCCGAUGAUGAAGAUAAUUCGGAAAGACGAGCUUUAGUUAAUGGUAAAAGUAAUUCUAAACAAUUGGUUAAUCGUCGAAAGAAAAAGAAACGCAAAUCAAGUAAGGAAGGUAAAGUGGGUGAAACGAAUUCCAAACCAUCGACAUCAUCAUCAGUCGCAACAGUUAGAUCAACGGAACCUGUAAAAGUGCAAUAUCGAUCAGGUGAAUUGGUGUCUAUUCCGAGGGCUGAGAUUCAAUUUGAGGAAAGGACGAUAAACGAUCCUGGAGAUGAAUUGUUGGCUGUUAUAUUGGACGGUCAAAAUGAUUCAAAAGUGUUGAUUUCACCCAUUUCUAGGAAACCAGCGCCAGCACCUAAAUCAAUCAUUGAUUCAGUUAAAUUUGAAAGGGAAAGUGUUAAUAAGAAAGGUAAAGAUGAUGAAGAAGACGAUGAAAAUGAAGAUGAUGAUAAACUUUUAUUGAGUCAAAGUAAACCUGAAAAUGAGUCGGACUCAACCUCCUUGACAACUGUGAGUCUGUCAAACAAUAGCAAAUCAAGUCCGCCUGAUGAUGAUGAAGAUGACAAUGAUGUUAAUUGUUCAAGUCAACCUUCGCAAUCAAACUCACAAUCGAAAUCAUUUCUUGAAAAUUGUGUUCAACCAAAGAUGGAUUCAAAGAAAGACGAUAAACAAAUUGAUGAUUCAAAAAAUCGCAACAAAACUUUUAACCCGCCGAACAACAAUGGCGAUAAAAUAGUGAAUGGAAGUGAAGAAACGGAUUCCCUUGGAAAAGACAAGACAGUUUGUGAUCCAGCAAAGACAAUUCCGAUUCCAUUGGAAAAUGUCGAGAAUAAUCCGAGAAAAGGUUCUGUGAAAGAUGGCCAGCCAUUGGGUAAAGAUCAGGUCACCAAGCAGCAGAAUGACGGUAAACCAGGGAAAAGCGUAAAAAAUGUAAAGAUGGCUGGAAACGGUGAAAGUAGUGCAACCAUUUCUGGUCCCAUUUCUGUGGGUUCAACCAAACAACCAAAUGUGCUACCUUUGCCUACAGCAUCGACCACAGCAACCACAACGACCACAAAAACAACAACCUCAACAACAAUCACAAUCACUGGUUCAACAACACCUCUGGCACCAACCAAAGGAUUACCUGGAACCAGCAAAAAACCGGCAACUUCAACGACCUCAGUAACACCAGUAACAGUUGCAACAACAUCAAUAACUUUGAAUCCAACUUUACUUACAACUACAACUGUUUCAACUUUGAAUGGAGACAAAAUUGCGAUACUGAAUCCAUCGCAAAAAGUGACUCAAACUAGUUCAACUAGUGAUUCGAAAGGUUUAAUUAUGUCUACUCAAGAGUCUAGUAAAAAUACAGUUAAACAAGACGAAAAUGACAAAAGUGGAAAAGAUAAAAAAGUGAAAAUAUUGGCCAACGAAGGAAAGGAAAAGAAAGAAUCGACUGCCGCUAAAGAUGCUGCUGUCAUUGAAAGUGUCCGUUCAAUGGUUGCCGGUCCUAAUAAAGAUGAUUCAGAUUCUGAAACUGAUUCAAUGGAUCCAGCUAAAAUGGACUCACCAAGUGAUACUAAAGCUUCACCUUCCUCCAAAGCCAAACAAGCUACACCUAAAACUGAUCCUGGAUUAAAUGCAAAGUCUCUAAUAUCACCUUCACAGCGAUUAAUCGCACUCUGUCGACGUGAGGAAUGGCUAGCUGUGGACACUUUACUCCAUCAAACUGAUCCAUCCUUUUUUGAUGUAAACAUUGUGUCCGAGGGUAAUUUAUGGACACCGUUAAUGUUUGCUGCCAGAGACAAUCGGGUUAAUGUUAUUGAAAAACUGGUUGACAUCGGUUAUAACGUCAAUUCAAGAGCUUUGGAUGGAAUCACUGCUCUUCAUUUGGCCUGUGCUCAUGCCAGAGAAGAUACAAUCCGAUUGUUGCUAUCGCGAGGUGCUGAUCCAUUAAUUGCUGGAGGUCCCAAAGAUCAAUUGCCUGUCCAUGUUAUUUCGAUGAAACAAACUGGAGCUGCAGUUGCACCUUUACAAUUGCUGUUACGAUCAACACCAAAAUCAAUGAGAUUGAUUCCUGACAAGGAUGGAAAUGUACCUUUAAUAUUGGCCGCUGAAUGUGGCAAUCACGGUGUUUGCCGUGAACUGUUGACUGCUCAAGCAAAAGAACAAUUGGCGGCUCGUAAGCCUGGAGCUGAAGAUGGACCCAUUCAUAUCGCCACUCGACGCAAGGACAUGAUGUUACUCCAGUGUUUUGUCAAUCAUGGAGCUGAUGUUAACAUGCAAAAUGCUUAUGGUCAAACACCUCUUCAUAUUUCAUCUCAGGAUGGAGAUGAAAAUAUUGUUAAGUUUUUACAUGAAUCAGGAGCAAAUGCUAAUCUGACUGAUCGUGAGGAACGAACUGCUCUACAUUUGGCCACUGAACAUGGACACAGUCGAAUAGUCGAUUUGCUUACUGAAAGGUUUAGAGCCAAUGUUAAUCUACGAACAAAGGAUGGAAAUACAUUGAUGCACAUUGCAUCUCGAUGUGGUCAACCAGCAACAGCCUUACAUUUCUUACGGAAAGGAGUUCCUCUUCAUAUGCCUAACAAGGAUGGAUCAAAAGCAAUUCAUAUGGCAGCUUCUCGAGGACAGAUUGAAAUUAUACGACAAGUUUUGAAAAGUGGUGAAUCAAUAGACAUUAAAAAUAAUGCUGGACUAACUCCAUUACAUUUAGCAGUGGAAUCAGGUCAAGACCAUGUUGUUGAGUUAUUACUUGGAUUUGGGGCUUCAGUCCAUGUUGCGACAACUUAUGAUAUGGAAACUCCACUUCAUGUGGCUGCUAAGACUAAAGAAGGGGCAACAUGUGCCAAAUUGUUGAUCAAAAGUGGUGCCAAUGUUAAUGCAAUUGAAAAGAAUGGUGAAACUCCUCUACAUAUUGCUGGAAGAUCGGGAUUUCUUGAUAUAUUCAAAUUACUAUUGGAAGCGGGUUCAGAUGCUAGUUUACAAAACACUCAGGGUGAAAAUGUUUUGCAUAUUGUUGUAAAAGAAGCUCACUUUGCUAUUGCACGGGUACUGAUAGACUACAUCAUUCGUCGAGAUUCUCGUGAUGUCGCUGGAAAAUUGAUUAAUCAACAGAAUAAGAAUGGAGAAAGCUCGGUUCAUUAUGCUGGGUCCAUUAAGCCAAAUGGUAAUCGUGAAAGCAAUGAAGAUCGAGCUUUAAUGAAUCUACUCCUUAAAAAUGGCGGAGAUGUUAAUCUUGGUACUAAUCAGAACCAAGAAACAGCCGUUCAUUGUUGCUCCAAAUCUGGUAAUACAAAUGUUUUGAGGGAAAUAAUUUGUCAACUGCCUCCAAUCGACGCUCAAGUUGUUUGUAAUAAACCAGCUAAAAAUGGUUGGACGCCUUUAUUGUAUGCUUCGAACUCUGGUUAUCCUGAAAUAAUUGAGAUUCUCUUGCAACAAAAUGCCCGUGUUGAUGUUUUUGAUGAUAGAGGAAGAGCUGGAUUGCAUUUAGCCGCUGAACUUGGUAGACUAGAUGUGGUUGAUAUUUUACUGGCAAAUAAUGCCUUCGUUAAUGUUCGUAAUAAAACUGGAAUGACACCUUUACACUUGGCUGCUAAAAUGGGUUACAAUGAGAUGGUUAAACAUUUGGUUUCCAAAUAUGGUGCUCAUUUGGAUGCAAUGACAUUGAACAAACAAACUCCUCUUCAUUUGGCUGCUGAAUUUGGCCAACUUGAAGUAUGUAAUACUCUCAUCGGAAUGAAAGCUGACAUAAACGCAAUGGAUAAUCAAGCACAAACGCCAUUGCAUUUAGCUGCUCAAAGUGAUCAUCCUGAAGUCCUUAAAUUAUUUCUUCAAUAUCGACCUGAAUUGGUCUCUGUUCCUAACAAGAAUGGAUUCACAUGUGCUCAUAUUGCCGCUACAAAAGGAUCUGUUGCUGUCCUCAAAGAGUUGAUGAAAUUUAAUGUAGAAGUAGUCAAGUCUGCCAGAGUUAAGAAAACUGGUUCGACUGCGCUACAUAUGGCUGCCGAAGGUGGACACACUAAAGUGGUCAGACUUUUACUGCAAGCUGGAGCAAAGGCUUCUGAUGAAAAUUUAGAAGGAAUGACACCCUUACAUCUUGGUGCUAAACAAGGCCAUUUGAGAGUAUUACAUGCAUUGAAAGGUGCUGUUGACUGGAAAAUUUGUUCACGUAAAACAGGAUUUACUGCUCUCCAUGUUGCUGCCGCUAAUGGCCAGACAGAUUUCGUUAGUGAGAUGUUAACCCAAGUUCCUGCAAAUAUCCUAAGUGAAAAGCCACUUGCAGACCCAGGCGCUGAUUAUGGCAUCACUCCACUACAUUUGGCAGCUCAAAAUGGUCAUGAAAGUGUAGUUCGAUUACUUAUGAACAGUACUGGUGUCCAAGUGGAUGCACCAACUCGAGUCCAUGGAAGCAUUCCAAUGCAUCUAGCAGCACAAGGAGGUCACAUGUUAGUCGCUGGUUUGUUAAUUAGCAGAUCGGGCGACUCUUUGAUGUCUAGAGAUAGACAAGGGAGAACCUGUGUCCACUUGGCUUCAGCAACAGGUCACCGAGACAUGGUAGCUUUGCUAUUAGGCCAAGGAGCAGAGAUAAAUGCACAAGAUAAGAAAGGAUGGACGCCUCUUCACUAUGCUUCUAGACACGGAUAUUUAUCUGUUGUACAGUUAUUAGUCGAGAGUGGAGCUGAUCCAACUACAGCAAGCAAAGAUGGUAAAGUUCCGCUGUGUAAUGCCGCUUCUGCUGGUCAUUAUGAUGUUCUCAGCUAUUUACUGAAGAAAGAACAUGAUUCACUUCAACUUAUGGAUGAUAAAUUAUUUCUGUUGGACUUGAUGAAUUGCUCAAAGAAUCAUGAUAAUAAACCAAUACGUGAAUUUGUCCUAGUAUCUGAUGCUUGCAUUGAUACUGCAGUCAAAUUGGCCCGAUCUUAUGAAAAUUUAGCUGCUCGUGAGAAGGAACGAGCCCGUGAUUUAGAAACAGCCUCGGCAUAUUGUGAUACAAUAGCGAUUGAUUUACUUUCAAUUGCUGCUACAACUAACAAUGCUGGAGCCUUACUAAGAGCAACAGAUCAUAAAAAUACUGAAUUUCUCGAUGUUCUCAUUGAAUUGGAUCGAAAAGAUGUUGUAUCACAACAUGCUGUUCAAAAGUAUUUGACAGACGUUUGGAUGGGAAAUUUACGUUGGCCUGGACUUAAAUUUGUCGCUCUCUUCUUCUCAUUUCUUGUUUGCCCAAUUAUAUGGAUUAUUGUAUCAACUCCAAUCGGACAUCGUCUCCACAGGAUUCCAAUAAUCAAGUUCAUGUCUUAUUUAACGGCACACAUUUUCUUCAUAGUUGUUCUCGUUUACACAACAGUGUUUCCCGGAACUGCUCUGUAUGAACAUGAAGAUUCCAUACCUCUUUGGAAUGAAUGGUUACUAACUCUAUGGCUGGUUGGGAUUGCAGUUUCUGACAUGAUUAAUCCAUCAGACAAAUCGGGUUUAGGAGGAAUUAAAGUUCUUAUUUUGGUGAUUGGUUUCACUGCUGUUGCUGUCCAUGGUAUAACAUUUAUAUUAGAUGAAUAUGUGUUCGAUCGUCAAGACAUGGUGCUUGAUGAUCUUUGGCAUGUACGACGAUUGGACAUACUUUACAUUCGAAAUCAAUUGUUAGCUGUUGCAAUGUUGUUGUCGUUCAUUGAAUUUCUUAAUUUUCUUACUUUCCAUCCACUCUUUGGACCAUGGGGUGUGAUUAUUCAAGAAUUGAUACAAGAUUUACUUCGUUUCUUAGCCAUUCUAUCAAUCUUUUUGACUGGUUUUACCCUUCACAUUUGUGCCAUUUAUCAACCUGUUUAUCGAGCACCAGAAAGCUGGAAUAUGACUCAAAUACCAAUUGGCCAGCAUUUCUUGAAACCAGGUAAAUCAUUCGAGAUGCUUUUCUAUGCGCUCUUUGGUCUUGUUGAACCGGACACAAUGCCUCCAAUGCAUUUAUCUCCCGAUUUUGCCAAAAUCAUCAUGAAGCUGGUAUUUGGUAUUUACAUGAUGGUUACUGUAAUUGUUUUGAUAAAUUUGUUGAUUGCCAUGAUGUCCAAUACUUAUCAACGAAUCGAGGCUCAAUCUGAUAUUGAAUGGAAAUUUGGACGGGCCAAGUUGAUAAGGAACAUGAAUCGAACCCUUUCAACUCCAUCUCCGAUCAAUUUAAUUCUUGGUUUACCAAUUUUAGCUUUUCAUAAAAUAAAAGAUAAACUUCAUCAAGAUAAGAUGAAAGAAAUGGCUCUGGCUAAGAAAGCUUUUGGUCAUCUAACUCAUCAAAGACCAAGUGUAAUCGCUGCCAGACAAUUAUUAAGCCGCAAAUCAUCACACAUGUCAGCAGCUACUCAAAUGACUAGUCACUUUGGUAUGUCAAUCUUGGAAGCAGCAAUUCAUGAAUCAAAACCCAUAUCUGAAGUUGUCAAUUGGCCUUUGAUUGUGCAGAAAUAUUAUGAAUCAAUAGGAGUGGCCUCACCUAACACUGGAACUGAUCAAGAUGAGAUCAUGGAUGAUGCCUCAAAUGAAUGAGCUUAUCAAUUUUAACCCAAAAUUUUAAAUAACGUUAGUCAGGAUAAAUGUUUGAACCAAGUUUAUCGGUGUAAAAUAACUCAAGAUAUCCUGAUUCAGAUUGAUUGACAUAUUAAUGAAAUUGAAUUGAAGCUUUAUUUUUA